AUGACUCCCCUCCGUCCUGGGGUUUACGCCCCCACAAUGACCUUCUUCCACCCCCACUCCGAAGAGCUCGACAUCCAUACCAUCCGCGCCCACGCCGUCCGCCUCGCCAAAGCCGGUCUCGUCGGCCUAGUCUGCAUGGGCUCCAACGGUGAAGCCGUUCACCUCUCCCGUUCCGAGCGACAGACCGUCAUCCGCGAGACGCGCGACGCCGUCGUCCGCGCCGGCUUCUCCGCCGUGCCCGUCAUCGCCGGCGCCAGCGAGCAGAGCAUCCGCGGCACCAUUGAGCUCUGCCGCGAGGCGAGCUCCGCGGGCGCCGAAUACGCCCUGAUCGUCCCACCGAGCUACUACCGGACGGCAGUCGGCAACGACAAAACACUUUACGAGUACUUCACCGCCGUAGCCGACCAGUCGCCCAUCCCGCUCAUCCUCUACAACUACCCGGGCGCCGUCGCCGGCAUCGACAUGGACUCGGACCUGAUCAUCCGCAUCUCGCAGCACCCCAACAUCGUCGGCACCAAGUUCACCUGCGCCAACACGGGGAAACUGACCCGCGUCGCGACCGCCAUGGGCGCCAUCACCCCGUCCUCGCCGUUGAUGCCGCAGCAGACCAGCGCAGAUCCGUCCGCCCCGCCGUACGUCGCCUUCGGUGGCAUCGCGGACUUUGCCCUGCAGACGCUGGUCUCGGGUGGGUCGGCGAUUUUGGCGGGCGGGGCGAAUGUCCUGCCGCGUCUGUGCGUGCACGUGUUCAGCCUCUGGGAGGAGGGGCGGUUUCUCGACGCGGUGCACGCACAGAGGAUGCUGAGUGAUGCGGACUGGGUGCUCACGCGGACGGCCAUCCCGGGAACGAAGAGUGCCUUGCAGAGCUACUACGGGUAUGGGGGAUUCCCGCGUCGGCCGCUGGCACGGCUGGACGAGGCUGAGGUGAGGAGUGUGGCGGAUGGGAUUGCGGAGGCGAUGGCGUUCGAGAGGACGUUGUCGGAUGUGGCUUCAUGA